CUCGGACAAGUUAGGCAGGACUUAGGUCAGUCACAACAGUGCCUACCGCGAAUAUAACACGUUUUAGUGAAUAUAAAGUGUCAUCAUUAUUAUGGAGCAAGAAACCAGGCCGCGGGCUGAAGCAAGCCGGUCGUUAAAGCCAUGCAGGCCGGUGCCUCGAGGUAUGCUUCGGGAGGUUCUCAUGGAGUUCACAAGCACGUCAUCCCUGCAUGGCAUGCACUACAUCACUGAGCGAGGGUUGACCAGGCUUGAGAAGAUAUUCUGGGCUAUCUUAACGUUGACAAGCAUAUUCCUGUGUCUUUGGGCGUGCAGUCGGGCUUGGUAUAAGUGGCAGCAUAAUUCCAUGAUCAUCACCGUCAAUGAAGAGCUCAUGUCAGCAACGGAGGUGCCAUUUCCAGCAGUAACCGUGUGCCCUCAGACGAAAUUGAACCAAGACAAAUACAACUACACCAAACUCAUGCUCGCACUAUCACACUUUACUAAGGACUCGAAUUUACAUCGCGCUACGAAAGAGGAAAUAGCUGAAAACAUGAAAAACUUUACUGAACAAACCCCUUUUAUGAGACAAAUGGGUAACGUUGAUCUGAUCUGCAAAUCUCUUUUAUACCCACCGUAUUUUCCUGAUGCUGACGACAAAUUCAUUGAAGAUAUUUUACAGGCAGCACCAACUUUAAAAGACAUCUUCCUGAACCUGAAAUGGCGUGGUAAGAUAAUAACGCCAAGCCACGACGUCCAGAGUUACUUGUACCCGGUGCUGACGGCAGAAGGACUGUGUUUCACCUUCAACGGGCUCGCGGCUGACGAGAUAUUCAACACUGACAACGUCCAACCCAAGUACAUUCUAUCCGAUGUAAAUAAAUACAGAAGUAAGGGCUGGUCACCGGAACAAGGUUAUUUCAGCACAGAACAAAAAGAUGGAGACAAUCGAACUGACAAACUGUAUCCCAGACGUGGCGAGGAAAGCAAGCUGGAUUCUCCUGACUUUAGAUUGACCCUGCAGGACACUUUGCGCCGGGAUUUUCUCUGCGACGGCACCUUUUUCCAAGGUUUCAAGGUGUUCCUACAUCACCCGGCAGACCUUCCACAGUCGACGCUUAACUACUACGCUGCGCAAGCGCACGAGCGCGUCACUUUAGCUGUCAAGGUCAACGUAGUCACCACUUCUGACUCACUGACUGACUAUACUACUGAACUACGUCAAUGUUACUUCCCUUCAGAAAGGGCUCUGAAGCACUUCAAACUGUACACACCAAGCAACUGCAGACUGGAAUGUCUUACCAACCAUACUAUAGACAGCUGCGGCUGCGCCCAUUUCUAUAUGCCACACGAUAGUGAAACUCCUUUGUGCACAACAGAAAAGAACAGAAAGUGUGUCGAAGAAGUUCUAGGUCAUUACGUGACCAGCGAAGGAGAAUUCAGCACCAACAGCACAGACAGCUGCAUCUGCCUCCAGCUGUGUCACAGCGUGCAGUACGAAGCCGAACCUGUCAGGACCAACUUUGAUUUCACCGCCUUUGAUGAAGCUAGGCACAAGUUCACGAACGAGCUGUAUGGGCUGAGUAACCCGUAUAAAUCUCAAAUCGAAGGGCUUACCAGAAUCGAGAUGUACUUCAAGGACGCUCAGUUCGUGACGAUGCGUCGUAAGGAGCUGUUUGGAGCGACGGACUUCUUGGCCGAAUGUGGGGGGUUAGGAGGGGUCUUCCUAGGAUUCUCCUUCCUCAGUUUGGUUGAGCUGAUCUACUUCUGUACUCUAAGGUUAUUCUGCAAGUUCAGUCGUCAAACUAAUGAAGAGAAAGAAAAUAAUUGUAAAACAGUGUCCAAUGCCAACGAACUGCAGCCAUAUGAAGGGACUAGGGUCGCCAAAGAGUAAAUGUGCUGAUCUGAUAACUACUGCAAAGUUACUGUUAGAAAAUAAAUAAAUACAAUAGUUACUUGUUUUACAAGGGGGCAAAGUUGUUGUUUAACCGCACGUGCCAAUAUUGAUACCCGAGCAAGCGAAAGAUUCCAAUAUUGAAUCAAAAAGUGGAAUC